GUCUAGGGCUGAGCAUUUGAGAGGACAUUCAAAGAAAGUCCAAAAACCGAGAUCAAAUCGUCUAGUUCUGGAGCUUCGUUUCUCGCACCGAGUAGUGAAUUACUGGAAUUCUCUACCAGAACACGUAAUAUCAGCACCUUCUGUUGAUAUAUUCAAGACGAGAUUGGACCUCCACAGUGUAACAAACUGCAAGGAUUAAAAUAGGUCACUAGACCUUCUAUCCUUAUUACUGAAGACUGAAGACUGAUUUGACCUCUGAUUCUGAAUCGACUCUUGCGCUACAGUUAUGAGCAAAGUCUCUGGGUUCUUUAAGAAGACGGGUUUUAACUCAUGCAAGUUCACUUUGUUCAUAAGUACUAAAGAAUAGCUUUGGUGGCGUGUUUCCACGGUGUACGUGUCAAUAGUAUGCAUUAUUUAGUACAAUUCAGAAGACGCAGAGUGUUACAAAUUCUUUAAAUAGGAAUUGAGGGUCUACCUCAAUGACUGUGUCCUGGGAGCCGAAUAGCUUGCUUCGUAGUACAUUCUGCGUUCAAUAGCGUGAAAAGAAAUACUGUCUGUUCCACGGGUCUUCUAAUGUAGGACACCAAAAUUAAACUUCUAUCCGCUGUGUGAUUUCAUCUACAAAAUUAGUAGGAUCAGUGCGUCAAACUUUAAUAUUCCUGGUUGUCAUACUAACUUAGGUCGCCUCGUUCUAAACCAUCAUUGUGCACUUGUAGUUGAGUAAAGCAUCCCUCACAUCGGUUUUUCUGCCAGUGUUCGGAAAACCUUUGAAUUUUGUUGUCAUCUCUACCAAACAAGGUCAUGUCAUCUUCCCUUGCCAAGGUCUAUAGACUGUCCAUAGUAGUAAAAAGAAUGUACUUGCUAAAUCUACUUGUAGCUUCGAAUGUUGACGGUUUUAAGAGUUCAUCGUCUCGUAAUUUCUAGAUCGAAUGCUCUGUCCGACCACAGCUUAGAAUUAACGAGGUCAACGUAAUGCCUUAAUUAACGCACGUUGUAAUAGUGCCAACCACUUUAGAGUGAGUAUUUCCUAUAUUUCGCUCCCUUGUCUUUGUCGUAUGCCUCAUAACAUCUAUGCUUCUAAUCGAGUGGUGAGAUAAAACUAUAUGAUUUUCUUAGGUUGCCAAGCUUUCAAUUUAAAACUAGUCUGGAAAUAUGUGGGGCCGUUUUAGACCCUGCAUACUUAAUAGUAGUCGGUGGAUACAGUAUAUUUUUCCCUCAUUGAGUUUCAUCCGAAUUGCUUUAACUCUUAAAAACCUGUGUAAUCAUUUGUAUACUCACUGUGGACUAACGUAUCUGUUUUUCAUAAGCCCUCGACAUCUACUAUUGUCGUCUUACUUCUGUGAAAGAACUUUCUCACAUCGUAUAAAUCAUUUGUCCAUGGUAAAUGUGUACUUAGCUCUUCACAGUAAUAUUAGAAUAUUUUCUUAUGUAAAAAGCAUAUGGAUAAUUGUUUCGCUAGCGUAAAACCAUGUAGUGAAGUAUAUCCACUCUUAUAUGAAGUGAACUUGUGCAUCCUAGGACUCCGUGUGAGAUUUAAAAUUCCAGUCUUAAGUAAGGGUAGUGGUUGUUUUCAACUUCGUUUAAUAUUGUACGUAGUAGCACCGUAAAAACUAAGCCCUUCGAGUGUCUGUUUUCUUGUUGCUGUUUAGUGUGACUUAGUCAGCCCACUAAUCAUUAGUUUGUAUUCUUGUCUUGUGCCAUUGUAAGAUGGUUUAGGUAUUCGUUUCUUUACGACCACUUCUGGAUGCUUGGUGGAGGAGCCCAUUGUUCUAAGCAAGUUGAAACGAGGAACUGGUGGGAGAGCUUCAUUUAAUGGCAUGACCGUGACCGUGUUUGGUGGUACUGGAUACUUAGGUCGGAAUUUAAUGGCACAACUAGCCAAAACUGGAACACAAAUUAUUCUUCCAUACAGAUGUGACCCUCAUAUGAUCAGAGAUGUAAAAGUUAUUGGAGAUCUGGGGCAAGUUUUAUUUUUGCCUUUUGAUUUGAAAGAUGAUGAAUCCUUAAGAAAGGCUAUGAAGUAUAGUGAUGUGGUCAUCAACCUAACAGGCACAGAAUCUGACACUAGAAACUUUACUAUCGAACAUGUACACAUUGAUGCGGCUUCCCGGAUUGCAAGGAUAUCUAAAGAGUUGGGAGUUCAGCAACUGGUCCAUGUAUCUGCACUGUGUCAAAAUAAGAAUCCUCCGAAAUAUGUUCGAAAGCAUUCUCGAUUUAUGGUAUCUAAAGCAAUUGGUGAAGAAGAAGUUCUGCGUGAACGUCCAGACGCUACAAUUUUCAGACCAGCUGAAAUAUGGGGACCACAUGAUCGUUUUUUGUGUUAUUUUGCUUCAAGACCUCGGCGAUUCACUAGACUGCAAAGUGUUCAUAUUCCAUUAUGGGCUAGUGGAAAAAAUACCGUAAAGCAACCUGUUUGUGUACAUGACCUUGCUUGUGGAAUUGUCAAUUCAUUGCAUAAUCCAGAGUCACUAGGACAAAUUUAUGAAGCCGUUGGUCCUCAUCGUUAUCGAUUAGAUGACAUGGUAAAAUGGAUUUACUUCCUUUGUCGAUACUUACCUAGUGAGGUAUACAUAACUCCAAUGUCCCCCUUGUUUUUAGCCAGGACUUACAUCUAUGAAAAGGUUGCUCCCGUUCAUUCCUAUCUUACUUUUGAACGGUUAGAGAGGGAAAGUGCUACGGAUAUUUUAUCUGGUUGCCCAACACUUGAUGAUCUUAAUGUCAAGCUAAGGAAAUUGGAGGACCACAUUAAUCAUAUUGUAUUUCUUCACCGCCGACAGCUCUUCUACUGGGAUGCUCUUGGUGAAUUUCCGGAGCCGCCUCCUCCCCCUAUUCAAUUUCAGUAAUUUUCUGCUUAACUUGAAUUUAAUACUUAGAAUUCAUAGUAUGGUAUUGUUGUGUGAGAAGUAAAUAUAUACAUAAAAUCACUCAACAUUAAUGCAAUAUUUUAGAUUGCCUAAUCAAUUUAUAGCAAUAAGUGGUAAUGUAGUUAUAGAAGUUUAGACUUGAACAUGGACCAGUUAAAUAUGAGCGAAAUGAUUAUGACCAGUGUUUGGUAACGGAAGCAAAGCAGACAGAAAAGGCAAUAGUGAUGCUUAACGUCCAGCAGUUGUUUCUACUCAUCGAGGUAACAGGCAUUAGCGAGUCGGCUGUCAGUGAGAUUAUUUCAGAAGAAAAUGCAAUUGAGGUCCCUUGUCAGUUCAAUGAAUGAGGACAACUAGCAAGUUACUUUUUCUGGAAUAGCCUGACCUCGCUACUAUUUCUAAAUAACAGGGUCAAGGGGUCGCUACAACCAAUCUACUGCAACUGUAAAAAAGCGUGUUUGGCUAGAUCUCUUAGUCACUCUUCAGGGUUCCCUAGAGAUUAGAUUAAGGUACCAGCUGGAGGUCAUGAGCUGCAUUCCAUUCAAGCCGGUAGGUGACCGACUGAAUUUGUAGGGAACGAUUGGUUAAAGCCGUCCCUUGAUGGUUACAAAGAGGUCAGACUGGUAUCUAGGAUAUAAAUUCCAGUGAUCAUCUUGAACUGUCGUAUAAUUAGUUGAAGGGACCCAAGCAAAUUUAGGAUCUGAAAGGAGUACACUUCUCAGCUCCUCAUACGCUAUCAGGUCUUACGACAAACUGACAUUAGCCCUUAAUACUUCCCCAUGUUUCGAAGUAAAAGUUCCGUAAGUUGACGUGAGGUUUUCACACAAAAAGCUACUAGUAGGGAAGGACGUGGUUGUACAAUGCUGGAUAUAUCAGUUCAGUCCACACGAAGAUAAAUUAUCAUGACUGACGGAGAACAAGAAAACAGGACGUUAAGAAGAACAAGGGGCGUUACUAACCGAAAUGAAAUAUCCUUAGGUUUGAAAGAAGGACAAUUAGGGUUAAUCCGCUCAACGAAGUGACAUAGUGUGGUGAGUCAGUAUGGGC